GUCGGUUCACGUCUCCCCGAUUUGAUUGAAAAUCUAUUUUUAGUUAGACAGUACAUACCAAUCCCAACCCAAUCCCGUCAGAUGUCUUUCUCCGAAAACGGAAAUGUCAUGAACGAUGGAUAUUCCUCCGUAUAUAUCCACUGGAGACCCCUGGACAACGGGUUGGUCGGCUGUUCAAAUUCGGGAUAAUGAAAUUCUGUCAUGGGUCGCCUUGACACUAGAAGCGAUACAAAAUCGCAUCGCUCUCAAUACAUAACUACAUCGACUUGGUGUGUUGUUAGUUGUCUAUGCAUGGUUCUACUCUUCAUCUGCAUGUGUUUCCCCUUAACGCAUUCACCCUUCGAGUUGGGUCUUCUCUAUCUGUUCAUUCAAAGAGUGCCAUUUCAUGCGUACUCCAAAAACUUGAGAUCAUUCGAGAAGCCAAAAGAUCUCAAGAUCAUUGCUCUGGUACCCUUUCGAAGCCAUGAGCGAACGGAGAUCCUAGAUUGUUAUCUGCGUAGAAAUCUCGUCGAUGAUCAGGGAUUCCUUGACCUGGUAAUAUUUAUCCCGCAGAUGAACGACACGGAAAGCUUAGAAUGGCUCACUUCUGUUGUGGAACGCACUCCUCGCUAUCGAAUCUCGGAGACUGCGGAUUAUGUGCAGUGGGGGGGCACGGACAAGAAUGUGAUGUUGAUCAAAAUAGAUGGCGAUAUCAUCUUCCUGGAGGAUCAUACAAUCCCUACGAUUGUUAAAACAAAGCUUGAUCACCCUGGUUCCUUAAUAGUUUCAGCAAAUGUCAUUAAUCAAGCCGCUCUCCAAACCCUCCAUAGCCACCCUGGCAUCGCCCUUCCCUAUCUCCCGGAGGUUUUCCCUUCCUCCGACCAAACCCAGGAUUGGCGAGUGGUAAAUCUUCCGCCCUGGGAAGGCCCUGCCGACUUCAAGAUAUACAAAGGAUAUUCUCCCCCCUCUAAAAGCCAUCGCUGGCUCCCAUUGACUGAAGAGAACGGCGAUCGAACGCCUAUUGCGACAUCCAUGUACGAUGACAAUGGACCUGGGCUAGACGACUGGACCGUCCACGCACAGCAACACUAUUCAUUUCUACAACAUCUUGAAUCCGGCGAUCUAUAUCGCUAUAAGUUUCCAAUGUGGGUCAAUCCCACAGAGAGUGUUGGCCUCAACUUCCUUUGUCUUGAGGCAGGUGACCCUAGAGUUAUUGAUUCCAUCAUUGAACAAGAUGUAGACCAGCUAGCUAUGAAAGCAGCGCAAGAAGUACAGGGCAGCAGCCGCGACGUCAUAAUUGAUGGGAAAGGGCUGGCUGCGCAUUACUCUGCUGAUGCAAGUCUUGACGGUCUGGAUUCUACUGAUAUACUUUGUCGGUAUCGAGCAUACGCUAAGGAGGUGGGUUGUCUAGAAAAUUUGUGACCUGUGCUUUUACUCGCUUCUACUCCUUUUUAGUUAGGAAGAAGAAUUCCGUUAUCUUAUUCCGCGUUUCACUAAUACAUCAAGACGUAGAUGUUCUACUCACGCUCCCGGGAUUGCUGUUUCUUAUUCCGUG